CUUGUUUUUUUUUAUUCACAUAUCAUGCGUGAAUCGGAACUAAUCUAUCGACGCCGGCUUUAUCCCGCCAUUUUGGCAUUGUAGUUUCCGGUUGACAAAUUAUGCAGUAUUUUGUGAUAUUUUAGCGUGGAUUCAGUGUUUCUCGUGAUUUUUACACCAAAAUGGAUUGGCAAUUAACCUGUCGAGUAUGUCUAGAAACUGGUGAUAUGGUAUCUUUAUUUGAUUGGGAUGAAAAUAACGAGCAACUCGGUGACAAGUACACUUACUGCUGUGGCGUGGAGGUGACGAAAAAUGAUUCUUUGCCCACGCUUAUCUGUCUGAACUGCGUGGACCGUCUAACAUUCGCGUUUCAGUUCAAACAGCAGUGUUUGUCGUCGAACGACACUUUGAAAGAAUGUCUCGAGGAAUUUAUGAGGAGCUCUGCUGCUGUGACGGCUUCUUCGUCCAAGAAAACGGUAACAGAAACAGAAACAAUAAGCAUAAAGCAAGAAAAUGGACUACUCCUGCAAUAUGAGCUGCCUGUGGAACAUGACCCUCAGAUCCAGUGGACACGGACACUCACCAAGACUCCUAACAAUGCUGUGGUGACUAAGGCUCCCAAGCCGAGGAGCAGGGGACGGCCAAGGAAGUAUCCUAACAAACAGGGUCAGAUUGAUGUAUCACCAUACCAACGCAAGAAGCAGAAAGAACCUCAGAAAGAGCAGGAAUCCCUCACAUCACUGUUGGCUUCUGGCUCCCUGGACCUUAAGCAGGAGCCUGGAGAAGAUGAGGAACCAUUUGACAGUGCUGACUUUGCUGGAGGUGAUGAUCCUGAUUUUGAACCUGAUGAGGAAGCGGAAUCUGAUGGAGGCCUUAAAAAAGAGGUUACAACACCCCGUAAGCGGGGCCGGCCGCGCAAGGUGGUGGCGGAGAAAGCUGGAGAAGUUGACGACGGCGAGGACAUGCUGCUGAAAGAAACCAUCAUGGCCUUCUCGGAGCCCAUCCCGGACCACAUCCUCAACCCUAAGCCACGGCAGAAAUAUGCCAGCAAGAAGCGAUAUGUUUAUGAGAAAACGCACACUUGCGAGACUUGCGGCUCCUCGUUCACGUCCAACGCGUCUCUGCAGGCGCACAUUCGGCGCCAUUUGGGCAUCAAACCGUUUGUUUGCAGCGUGUGCGGGUAUUCGUGCGUGCUCAACAUGGAGCUCCGUCGCCACAUGAUGCGCCACACCGGCCAGCGGCCCUACAAGUGCCGCGUGUGCGACCGCCGCUUCGGCGACUUCGGCUCCAGGCAGAAACACGAGAGGCCAGUUCAUCACUUAUUAACUGUUAUGGGUCGGUGUAGAUGUAGUCGGCUGUUUAACGUUCUAAUACCAUUUGAACAGCCCACUACGCCAUACCAAAACCCGGUUAAAAAUAGUCCUAAAGCGUGUAUGGGAACACAAUGUAACGAGGGAAAAAAAUGUUCCUUCAAAUACCUAUCGCUUACCCUGUGCCCUGACAGCGUAUGUGGCUACUCGUGCGUGAUGAAAGAAGCACUUAAGCGACACAUGCUUCGGCACACCGGCGAGCGGCCCUACAAAUGCCGCAUAUGCGACCGGCGAUUUGGGGAUUUCGGCACUAGGCAGAAACACGAGAGGUUGCACAUGGGCGUGCGUCCUUACCAAUGCUCGUUGUGCGGCAAGGCAUUCACCUAUUCGUACGUGUUGGCUAACCAUAUGCUUACACAUACUGGCGAGAAGAAAUAUGCAUGCGAACCGUGUAACAAGAAAUUCACAAAAGCCCACCACCUCAAGUACCACAACAAGGUGCACCACCAGGAACUCUACAUCCAGCAACAGCUCGAGCUGGAAGCCAAGAAGAUCAGGCAGCAGAUCAACGUGUCUGGUCUAUCUGGCGUUCUCUCCGGACAGAUUGUGGACGGCGCCCUGCAACUUAUACAGACUAAUGAGGAAGACGGCGAGCAGGAGCUACAAAUGCACGUGGUGGAGGAGGCGGACCCCGAGGACAGCGAGGCCAAGGAGACCGACCGCGCCGUCGCCGGCAUGCAAGCGGUCGUGUUAGACAGCGAAUUCUCUAUGGAAGAAGACGACAAGACGCAGUAAAUAAUAGAAUCACUGUAAUAUUAAAUAAUCUGUUAGUUAGACGUAAUAAAAGUAAAGCCCCAUCGCAUACACGCAACCAUGAGGUUGUUGCUAAUUAUUUCCAUUGGAUAUACAGGUGGCUCCCACCAUGGGGCUUUAAAUGCAGGGCUAGAUCCUGUUCGCUACACUGAGCUACUUCUAUUGUGGGACCGACCUCGGAAUAUCGAAUGGGUUUCGGCUUUUCAUACAUUUUGGCUGAUCAGCAUAAGCUUUUUGGUGCGGGAAUGAUUUCAUGUAUUUAUAAUUUUGUUUAUAUAAAAUAAUUACCAAACUAUGAAUUAGUAAUAGUUAGCUCCAAAUGUGCUAUAAAAUGUGAAAAUACUAUCGGUUUUUAUAGUUUUUACCUAGUUUUUUGGCUCGUGUAAAAUAUUCUCGCACCAAAAACCCCAAUGUAUGCUGAUCAGAUGUCGAUGUCUUCUAUGGAAAAGUAAAAAAAAAACACAUUUCAGGGUUGGUCCCAGUAGCUCUACUCACUAGCAUACUGUAUAAUUGAAUUGCCUCACAUGUUGGUCAAGUUCAGAGCCGGAUUGUCUAGCUCUGAUAAAUUCAGACCUGGUGUCUAUGCGCAAGCAUAUUUGUAAACUCUGACCACGCUUACUUUGCAUAAACUUGGCAGUUAGAAUGCAUACAUGCCCCUAUUAACACCUUACUUAACGUAGCACGUGACAUGAAAACUUAGCGUGGUCCAACUCUAAAAUAAAUUUAACCCUUAAGUGCAUAGUGUUGCCAAAUGUCUACAGAGCAUUAGACAGCUUACAGAUUUUAAAAAUCGAAUCAUAAUUUUUAGUCUUUUAUUAUUAUUAUUUUGAUCGUAAAUUAAUACACUUUCAGAUGUUUUAUUCAAAUUUGCGCAAUAUUUUAGUUUUAAAAAAUUACAUUAGUUUUAAGACGAAAUGGCGGAAAAUUUGGAAAAUCUCUAAAAGUUAGUGAUUUUUAGUACAAGUGAUUUAGGCGGUUUUUUUCGGGGUUUGCAAUUAUUUUAUAUUUAAAAUCAUUAUCAUAGGUAUAUCACAAGUAGUGUACCUACUGAAAAUUAUAUAUUUACAUAAAUAUGAUUUAGCCUAUGUAAAUUCUAACACUGAUUUAGCAGUAAAGUCGAUGUUUUUUUAUUUUUUCCAGAAUCAGUAAACAAUUAUGUAAUACAUAUAUUAAUUUCAGGCAAAAAGAAAAAAAUCAUGCAUUUAAGGGUUAAAUCAAAAUGUCUAUGACCAAAAAAAAACAAAUUACCGUGACUAUUACCUUGACCACCACGGUAAUCUGUCAGAUAGAAUAGAUAAAUUCAGAUCUAAGUGUCUAUGAAAUAUAAUUGUGUUAUAAAGUAAGGGCGCUAAGCAGAACUUCGUACACAGUCCAGCCUGUUGCUAUCUCUAUCGCACGUGCAUAUUUAUACUGCUGUCCCGCUCGCACAGUGUCAUUGUCCACCGGCGCCAGAUAGGAAAUGGCGGGCAUUGUACGAAAUUCUUCGUGCAUAGCGUCCUUUCUUUAGCAAUAUUCCCGUUAGUUCCUUGUGGGGUCAAAUGGUAAACCAAUUUCCAUUUUAGUUUUUUUCAGUUUUAUUUUUCUGUAGUAAAUCUUUUAAAACUUAAUGAUAAAAUGGUAAUAAAUGGGGACUAUCGGGACGAUGGACCUAAUCCAUAUUUAAUCAUUAUUCAGUUUCUGAAAUCGAGGUGAUGUUCGACAUUUUUAUCAAUUCAUAACAUGACAGCUAUAUGUAUUUUAUAGGUCAUGUUAUGUCGAAUAUUGCUCUUGGCAAUCAAACAUGACAUUUUAUUACAUUUGUAAAUAUUUCAUUGCAUUUUAUAAUUUGAAAUGUCAUACUUUUAUUUUAUACAAUAAGUAAAUGCCUAAAAUUAGGUAUGUUAUGUAUUGACGUAGUAUAAAUUAAUAAACAAGUUAUUUUAUUGUAUAUAGUCGGUUACUGUUAUCUGUGUGUAACUUUUAAAUAAUACAAUCAUGGAGCAAA